AUUUUAAAUAAAUAAAAAUAAGGCAUAUUAAAUGUUACCUAUCUGUUUUUAUUAUUAAUAAAUUCAACGAAAAUCUAUUGUUAUUAUAAAUGAUUAAAUUAUAAUAAUAUAUACGAAUAAAGUCAUAGUCAUAAAAUUAAUCAUCGCUUAAAGUCUCCAAAAAAGCUUUUCCUUAUCAUCUUAUUAUUCAAAACAGAAUUUUUUGACAGUUCAGAAGUGCCCUCCGUACCAAACAGUUCGCAGUUAAUAACAGUAAAUUAUGUCUGGCAACCUCUUAAACAAAAGACACGUAAUGGAAGCCCCAAGAAACAUAGAUUUUCAAAUGGAUAUUUUAAAACAAAUAUUCGAUAAUCUGGACGAAUUGGAAGAAGUUAGUUUAUUGCCAUCCAACUCAAUUCUUAGACACGCUCUGACUUUUCAUGCUAGUAAACGAUUUGAAAAACUUAUUUCGCUGUAUCCUUUUAUAAACUACUAUUAUGUUGGGAUUUUACAAAAAUGCGGAUCAUUAGUUCGCUGUUUUAAGAAUGUAGGUCAUGAUUUAGAUGAUUACUCACUCAUAUUAAUUGAAAAGUAUUGCACUAAUUUACAAAGCAUGUAUCUAAACAUGAACGAGAAAAAUUGUGCAAGAAUAAAGAGAUUUAUAAGCAACUUUAAAACGCUAAAAUCGGUGGAAAUUAUAGUAACAAGUGUUGCCACGCCAGAAAUCCUAAAUGCGUUAAAAGAUAUACAAAAUCUUAGAAGUUUGAAAUUACUUAAAUUUGUUGGAAACGAAGCUGAAGGAAUACAUUAUUUGUUAGGUCUGGAAAAUCUAUCACUUGCUGCACAUAUCCAAACCACAACAAUUAAUGUUUUUGAUUUGUGUUCACCUUUAAAAAAUCUGCGUUCUUUGUCACUUGCUGGCUUUCGAGAUUGUCAACCUAAUACGGAAAACCAUGAAUUUACCUUAGAAGAACUUAAAAUAGGAGCUGGCUGUGCUAUCAAUGCAAAUUGGCCUUGUUUUCCUCGUCUAAAAACCAUAUCAGCUAGAUUUUCUAGUUACUCAUUGACGCCUGGACGAGAGGAAUGGAUUUUAAAGCAUUCAGAGACUUUGGAAAAACUAAUUUUGAGCUCUGGCAUAACCAGAAAACAGUUCAUAAAUAUAUUAAAAUCAUGCAAAAAUCUAAGCUAUAUGGAAAUGCAACUGUUUGGAAUGAUAAUGGAUAUAACAUUUGUCAUCGAAAUUAUAAAUAUAUUAAAAGACAAAGGAUUCACAGCUCAAAAACCAUUUAAAAUUUACCUCAACGAUCUCACGACUCAGUUUAAAGAUUUGUUGGUGGAUACUCCAGACUCGAAUAUUAUCAGCAUACCAAGUCCUAACGAGAUAUUCGGUUUAUAAUAUAGUAUUAUUUACUAAUUUUUCAUUAUUUUAUUCUCAUUUCUUGAAUGUAACUUUGAUAAAAAUUGUCGUAUAGGCGAUGAUGUCAUUACUAUAAUAUUUAUGUGAUAAAAAAUGUUAUUCAUUUGUUUUCAUUGAUGUAAAUGAAUUAAACUUUCGUCAGAUGAUUUUCAUUAUUAACGAAAUUAUGUCAUUUUUAAGGAAGUUUAUAUAUUUUAAGUUUAUCAUUGUGUAACUUUUUAUAGGAAAGUCAUAAGACUAUUAAGAUUAACGUUUUACUGUUUGCUUAUAUUCCAAAUUUCUAGCAGAUUAUUUAGAAUAUUUCAUAAAUAUUAAUAUUACUUUGUAAUAUUUUAUUACAAAA